CAAGUAUAUAAGUCGGUAGUGUCGACUCGAUUAAGUCACCAGUCGCUUUCAGUCGAUUCCACCACCAACAACCACUCCAACAUCAUCAUGCAGGUCCAACUCAUCAUUGUUUCCCUCGUUGCAUUGGCUGUUUCUACAUCCGGAGAGGAACAGCCCAAAUACGUAGACUCUGUCGCCAAGUCAUCCGAGCAACAGUACGCUCCCAUGCCGCACUCGUUUGCCUGGGAAGUGAAGGACGAGCCGAGCAAGAACGACUACUCGCACCAACAGGAAAGCGACGGCAAAGUCACGACCGGAUCCUACCGCGUUGCCUUGCCCGAUGGCCGCACCCAAAUCGUCACCUACACGGCCGACCAAAACGGAUACGUCGCCCAAGUCAAAUACGAAGGAGAGGCCCAAUAUCCCGCACCUUCCUCAUACAACAACAAACCAGCGAGUUAUCCGACCGAACAGGCUAAACCAACAACAGCUUACCCCGUUGCAUGAAUGGCCCGAACCACUGAACUCAGCGAUCCUUAGAAACAUAAUGAACCAAUGCAUUUUCUCCAAUUGCUAAAUGCAUUAUUGGUUGUGAGUUUGUUUGUAACUAAAUCUCUUGUAAUAUAUGGAAGUAAUGUAAAUCGUUAAAGAACUCGUUGCGAUUUUA